GCUCCAGGUGUUAAAGGAGCGCCUGGGCAUAUAGGUCCAAAAGGCUUGCGUGGUAGCAAAGGUGAAAAGGGUGACCGUGGGUUACCUGGAGUCAGAGGAGAAAGGGGGAGUGUGCUUCAAAUCCAGGGCCCUCGUGGAUUUAAGGGGUCCAAAGGAGAGGCGGGUGAGCGAGGCCCACCAGGUUUUGAUGGUGAUAAAGGAGAAAAGGGCGAGGAUGGUCCUCCUGGAGUCAAGGGCCUAAAGGGAAGUGCCGGCAUUAAGGGUGCACUGGGACGAUUUGGAGCACGGGGACCGGUGGGUCAGAAGGGAGAUCCAGGAGAGUCAGGACUCAACGGAGUCAUGGGUCGCAAUGGGGAUCAUGGAGUGAACGGGGCCAAAGGGGACAAGGGAGACAUGGGACUGCAAGGCCAAAAGGGCAAUCAGGGGGAUCGAGGAGAACCAGGUUUACCAGGAGACAAAGGGGAGAAGGGAGAGAAGGGUUUUAGAGGUUUACACGGUCGCAUUGGAAGCUCAGGCCUGGAUGGAGAAAAGGGAGAUGUGGGGUUACCUGGCAUCCCUGGUGUACCUGGACUGAAUGGACUUACAGGACGCAAGGGUAGCAAGGGAGAAGGAGGGAUCAAUGGUGUUGAUGGUGAGCAAGGAGUGAAAGGGGAAAAGGGUGCAACAGGUUUUCCAGGCUUCCCAGGCUUUAAGGGGUCGGCAGGAAGUCCGGGAAGGGACGGAGAUGAGGGACCACCAGGACCACCAGGUCCCCAUGGCAAUGCAGGGGCCAAGGGGGAGAGGGGCAGAAGAGGCAGAUUGAAGCCAUGUCAGAGGGGAGCACCUGGGACACCAGGACAAAGAGGAGAAAGUGGUUCAGUGGGGAUUGAAGGAGCAAAGGGGGAGAAGGGAGAGCCAGGACUCUCAGCUGACGAAGUGAAGGAGCUAGUCACUCAGGAGGUGGCAGUAAAGUGUGGUCUGGAAUACAAAUUCAUGGUAAAGUCUGUGGAUCCAGAUGGAACAAUUGCAGUGACUGACAAUAAAAAUGAGCCAGAAGACAUAGUAUUAUCCGUCUCUCGUGACCUCCAUGAAGACAGGACACAGGUGAAAGAAUAUGGAAUCAAGGUGGAAGGAAUGGCCAGUUCAUCAAACUGCACUGAAUCUCCUGAGAGAGUUGCCAUGAAGUGGAGGCAAAGGAAACAAAGAAGAACUGCUGGGGCUGACCGCUGCAUGGAGCCCAUGUCAGAAGGGGUCUGUUCAGAAUACGUUCUGCUCUGGUAUUUCCACCCUGUCUCAGGGGAGUGCAGACCCUUUGUGUACGGGGGCUGUGGUGGCAACCAAAACCGGUUCUCCUCAAGACACGAGUGCCAGAGUUGGUGUGGGAUUGAGAGGACAGGCACCGGACCCUGGAUAUGAAGCGAGCAACCCACAAUAUGAUGCUCAUUUUUGUACAUAACUGUGUGUGAUGUUA